CGAAUGAGUGACAACCAAUCACCUUUCGAGUUUGACAAGCUUCCCUUCCGACCUUGACCUGAUUGAUCAUUAGCAACUCGAUGUGGUUUAAUCAGCAUUAGUGACAAGAAUCGCUUAUCGAAUGAACCGCUAAUAAAUUGGCUCUGCAGUUUAUGUCUAAGACAACAAGAAUACAACAUCGGGAAAUGAGGCUACAUCUUCGCCGGGUGUGAAAUAGAGAUGUCACAAUUACCACCUUAAUGGACCUGUACGGAUAUCACGAAGAUAUUCACUAGUGCAUCUUCAAGACUGGCUUAUGGGUCAACACACUUGAACGCGAGGACAACAAGACGCGAGAGAAAGGAUUCCUUCUCGCACCGAUCGUCGCGCCGUACUUGGGGAAAAGAAACAAGAACACAAAAAUCUGACGAAGAUGAUGCCAAGCGCCGAAAUUGCUCUUUUAACUUUAUUUUCAACCAUGGCGACUAUUGGUUUAGUUGGCAAUCUUCUCGUGUGCUUCAUCAUUCAGCGUAACAGACCAGUCAAAAGACCCAUCAACUAUCUAUUCCUAAACCUUGCAGUAUCUGACGCUAUCGUCUUGUUAUUUCUGUCUUCAAAAUACGUUUUGAUUCACACAUAUGAGCAUCCUACUGGAAAUAUUGGAGACUUUCUUUGCAAGUUCCUAACGGGAGGUUCACUAGCAUGGACAGGUGCUAUAUCAUCUGUAUGUACAAUGAUUUGUAUUUCAUUCGAACGCUUCUACAUUGUCCUAAAACCAUGCUACUACCUUAAAGUCUUCAAAGUAUCGAAUAUCAAAGUUGCUUUAGUGUUCUCGUGGGUGUUUGCUGUUGUAUUCAACAUCCCUUUGUUCAUAUUCGGGAAUUUUGACGCGGACAAAGAGCACUGCACUGAAGCUUGGCCUCCGGGAGGUUUCUCAAAGUUCUACGCAUUGACAUGGCUAGCCGUUGUUGCUGUUAUUCCUGCUGUAGUAGUAUUCGUUGUCUAUUCACAAAUUAUUUACAUUCUGUGGAUAAAGAAGAACACAACAACAACAGCUAUAACAAGAACUGCAAUGCACAAGGCAAGAAGAAAGGUUACUAAAGUGGUGUAUAUCAUUAGCCUGAUCUAUUGUGUGAGUUGGUUCCCGCCUCUGAUUAUCAACGUCAUAGCUGUUUUCGCGCCAAAUCGACAUAUCGGUGACGUCACGUACGAAGCGGCUGUGUUUCUUAUUGUCAUCAAUUCAUCUGUCAACCCGUUGGUCUAUACUUUUCAAAGCGCACGUUUCAGACAGCAUUUGAGACAUUUGUUUUGUAGACGCAAAGCAAAGAAUAGUGUUUGUCCACAAGGAGGGGAGACAAACCAGGCCGCGUGGAUACCCCCCCUUAGUAACAAUAGAUGUAAUGGAGGACAGGUGAAGGAGCUUCAGGUUGCAUCUCAAGACUUGUUAUUCCUUUGGCUCACAGGACCGUGAAACAUACAACCCACAAUCCAUUGCGAGAGAUCUCACGUCAAUCAUUAUGACGUCACAUAUUAGUGUUUCGUGGAUUGAUAUUUUCUAGAAACGUCUGUGUGUUUUGCCUAUCAAACCCGUCUGAUUAUGAGAAAAACUACACCCAAUAGAAGUCAGUAGUGCAAAACGGAUCUCAAAAUGAAAUAUGUCGGCGUUAUCGUGCUUAUAAACCCACUUUGAUAAAACUGCAAGAUUCGAAAUUGCGAGAAAAUUUGAAUCGUCUAACUUGUGCUUUGAUCUUCCUUAUCAAAACACGAUUUAAUCGAUCGAUACAAAAUCCCACGAGAAAAAAAUAAUCAAUUCAUCGAGACAAGAAUUAUCUGUACUGAAUGAAGGACUUGGUAGCCAUGGUAAUGAAGAUCCACGUCAGCACAUAAAUCAAUAGAGCCAAGGAACAGUGACUAUAAUAUAUUUAUUUUGCAAGGAGUAAUGUGGUAGAAUGUAUUCAUACAUUAUCAUGCAUCACGUAUCUAUACUAACGGUUAUAAUCCCAUGCACGUAGUUGUCUAUAUUGAGUACACAGACAAUUUCGCCUUUGGAAAUAAAACUGUUUCAAAGGCGCUUGUCUUAUGAGUCAUCGCGGUAAAUCAUAACGAGAGUCUUUUAGAAGCCAAAACCAGGCUAAACCAACAUGUUUAUUGUAGUGAAUACAUCUCUUUUUGUAGAAAUACACGCACGGUCAGUAAUGAGCGGCUAUUAACGAUAAAUUGAAGUAUUCACUGCUCAGUACUAGAGUGCACGCACUAAAUCCGUUAACAUUAAUUAGUACUAAUUAGUACUAUUUCAUACAGAAUCCUUUGUUUUCUAUUGUUUAUUUAUCACCAUUUAGUACUAAAAGUUAGUAUUUGUUUCACGGGUUUAGUGCGUGCACUCUAAGAUGAACAGAACUAGUAUCAAUGAUAAUUAAUUCUAUUGGCUAGUAAUAAUAUUUCAGUUGAAUCGAGUACAUAGCUUAAUAUGCAAACAAUCUCAAGCAACAGCAACUAUCGUAGGGCGCAUGCGUGGACUUGGGUUAAUCCGCUUUGAAGUCGUGAUUAUCUCAUGUGUAACUCUAGAAGAAAGAAAUCUAUCCUAGAAUAACUAACGAAGCUAAGCGAACUAAACAAAACUACUACAAAAAAAUUUCCAAGAAAAAAGGCUUGUAUUUUGAAUUUA